UCUUCGUAUUCUGUUGUUAAUUUGAUAAAUCGGGGGCAAUUUUCGUUUUUGAGAAUAAUUUAUACGUAGUUAACUGUGGUGGAAAUCUGUGGCUAAACCUAACUAACUGUGUUGUUCAAUUUUAUUGUUAUUCUCAUUGGGAUUCCUGUUUAUUCCCAAUUCGAUAUGAUUCUUGCGGUGAAGCCGGAAUAUCUGGAACAGCCAGUGGUUCCAGUUGAACCACUUCGUUGCACUAUGAAAGAGAAGAGUAAAAACGCGGCGCGAUCUAGACGAGAAAAAGAGAACGCUGAGUUUUUGGAAUUGGCAAAACUCCUACCCCUUCCCGCUGCUAUUACUUCGCAACUCGAUAAGGCCUCAGUUAUUAGACUCACCACAUCCUACCUGAAAAUGAGGCAAGUGUUUCCCGACGGUUUAGGGGACGCAUGGGGUGCGUCUCCCGUUAUAAACCCAAGAGAAACACCAAUCAAGGAACUAGGAUCUUACCUGUUACAAACUUUAGACGGAUUCAUCUUUGUAGUUGCACCUGAUGGCAAGAUUAUGUACAUAUCUGAGACUGCAUCGGUUCAUUUAGGCUUAUCACAGGUUGAACUCACUGGAAACAGCAUAUAUGAGUAUAUUCACCCUGCGGAUCACGACGAAAUGACUGCUGUCUUAAGCCCUACAUUACCUACAGUUCCCGGAGCUCCUCCACCUCCACCCCUACAUGACUAUGAAACCGAAAGAUUGUUUUUUCUACGUAUGAAAUGCGUUUUAGCCAAGCGGAAUGCAGGUCUAACAAACGGCGGCUAUAAAGUGAUUCAUUGUUCCGGUUAUUUGAAAAUUAAGCAAUUUUCCGCCUCUUCGUCUCCGUAUGAAGCCUGUUUCCAAAAUAUGGGCCUAGUCGCCGUCGGGCAUUCAUUACCUCCUAGUGCUAUCACCGAAAUUAAGUUGCACAGUAACAUGUUCAUGUUUCGGGCCAGUUUGGACUUGAAACUGAUAUUUUUGGAUGCAAGGAACUUCCCUUCAACUAGGGUUAAUGAUGGCAAUAACGGCCUGAGUCGUGGCGAACGUCAGCCCCUGUUAUCCGUGUUUGCACAGGCGCUUGUUUGUUCGCUGCCGUUUCCGUAUCCGUUUCUACCCUCCCCCCUUCUCGUUCCAUCCCUAACUCUCAACCAAAUUAAUGGAAAACUUGAUAAAUUCCUAUCCAUGUUCACGGCAGUUGCAACGAACAGGUUCGUCAACAAAAACCGGAGCAUUUUACUUUGCAAAGGGCAAGUUACCACCAAAUAUUUCCGAUUUUUGUGCAAAGGGGGAGGCUGGGUUUGGAUGCAAAGUUACGCCACAAUUGUACAUAACACCCGCUCAUCAAGGCCCCACUGCGUCGUAUCCGUUAAUUACGUACUAAGUGAUUUAGAAGCUAAAGACUGCAUUCUGAACGUGGCCCAAGGAGUAGCAUGCGAGAACCUUUCUUCCACUCCCACCCCUUUGGAAAAGCACUCUCCUUUACAUACUCCCCCAAGAUCCCUUUCCCAAUCCAAGUACCACGUUCAGCGCCUUCAACCUGCUACCAUAGCGACCCCAACAUCUUCCAUUCCAGAUGACGAGUACGGAUGUGACUCAAACGGAACUAUGGUCUUCCCUCCCGAGUAUCCCAUCUACUUGCACAACUUUAACGACGACCCGUACUACUCCCACUCCCACCAGGAGUUCUUCUAUCCUUAUUCGGAGUCAUCAGAAUUAACGUCUCAUUCCAUAAACUCCAACCAAACCCAACAUAGACCGUACAGUGCUUCAUCGAGUUCUUGUGGUAGUACCGAAAGUGACCACCAGUUACAUCUUCAGACACUGAGUAAUCCAUACGUAUGUUCUGACACUAUCCACGGUCAACACUUUAUGAACUGUUUUAAUAACAAUCAGGCGCAUGUGCAGUCCCAGGCGACUGUCUACGGCCACGAAUUGAAACCUUUACACGCGCAGACGCAGGCUGGAUACACCAGCGUCAUAGUCGACACUCAACAGUACCAUCUAGCGAACGAAUAUACAAACAUAUCAGAUGAGUCGGGCGUACAAGUGUGCCGUUACCGUGGAAACGACGCAAAAGGUGAUUUAGAAGCUAAAGACUGCAUUCUGAACGUGGCCCAAGGAGUAGCAUGCGAGAACCUUUCUUCCACUCCCACCCCUUUGGAAAAGCACUCUCCUUUACAUACUCCCCCAAGAUCCCUUUCCCAAUCCAAGUACCACGUUCAGCGCCUUCAACCUGCUACCAUAGCGACCCCAACAUCUUCCAUUCCAGAUGACGAGUACGGAUGUGACUCAAACGGAACUAUGGUCUUCCCUCCCGAGUAUCCCAUCUACUUGCACAACUUUAACGACGACCCGUACUACUCCCACUCCCACCAGGAGUUCUUCUAUCCUUAUUCGGAGUCAUCAGAAUUAACGUCUCAUUCCAUAAACUCCAACCAAACCCAACAUAGACCGUACAGUGCUUCAUCGAGUUCUUGUGGUAGUACCGAAAGUGACCACCAGUUACAUCUUCAGACACUGAGUAAUCCAUACGUAUGUUCUGACACUAUCCACGGUCAACACUUUAUGAACUGUUUUAAUAACAAUCAGGCGCAUGUGCAGUCCCAGGCGACUGUCUACGGCCACGAAUUGAAACCUUUACACGCGCAGACGCAGGCUGGAUACACCAGCGUCAUAGUCGACACUCAACAGUACCAUCUAGCGAACGAAUAUGUACACUAACAGUAACAAUUUGUUCAACUGUUGGUCGAUUGUAACGAUGAACCUUCUCAUGAGUUAUUAAUCUUGCACGAACAAAUAAAAAGCAAAGAGAAACUGGUAUUAUAGGUACCUUAAUUGUUUAAACAGUUUGUUCAAUUGCUCGAUUAUAGCAGUCGAUCUUCUUCUCAAUUGUUUUUCUGGAACGAACGAUUGAGAAGCAAAGAUCAACGGGCAUUAUAAUAUGUACUUAAU